GGCGGGAGCCGUCUGCACUGCGCGCUGCUGUCCCGACUCCCGACCGACGCCCGCGCCACCUCCAAUUGGCCGUCGGGGGAACGGAAGCCGAAGUUGAGUAGUGAACCCGGAAGUGCUUCACGGCAGAGGCCCGGGCAACUCUUUUGAAUGGAAUCGGGCUGAUUCAUCGCUGGUUCGCUGAGCCAGAGCCGGACCGAGUCUGAGCUGCCGCAGCCGCCGCGUCACCGCAGAGGCUAGACAAACGUCCAGACCGCGACCUCCCGCCCCGUCAGCCUUCAGGAGAAAAAUAAAAUAAAAACUUGGGAAAAAUUAUACCUGCUAGAAUUAGCAAAGAGUUUGAAGUAAGAAGAAAUUUGUCAAACUCAAGAAAUUAUAGCUUAACACCUUAAGAGUUAUAGUUACUGAACAGAAAUAUGGACAGACUUCUUAGACUUGGAGGAGGUAUGCCUGGACUGGGCCAGGGGCCUCCUACAGAUGCUCCUGCAGUGGACACAGCAGAACAAGUUUAUAUCUCUUCCCUGGCUCUGUUAAAAAUGUUAAAACAUGGCCGUGCUGGAGUUCCAAUGGAAGUUAUGGGUCUCAUGCUUGGAGAAUUUGUUGAUGAUUACACAGUCAGAGUGAUUGAUGUGUUUGCUAUGCCACAGUCAGGAACAGGUGUCAGUGUAGAAGCGGUUGAUCCGGUAUUCCAAGCCAAAAUGUUGGAUAUGUUGAAGCAAACAGGAAGGCCUGAGAUGGUUGUUGGUUGGUAUCACAGUCACCCUGGCUUUGGUUGUUGGCUUUCUGGUGUGGAUAUCAACACUCAGCAGAGCUUUGAAGCCUUGUCAGAGAGAGCUGUGGCAGUGGUUGUGGAUCCCAUUCAGAGUGUUAAAGGAAAGGUUGUUAUUGAUGCCUUCAGAUUGAUCAAUGCUAAUAUGAUGGUCUUAGGACAUGAACCAAGACAAACAACUUCAAAUCUGGGUCACUUAAACAAGCCAUCUAUCCAGGCAUUAAUUCAUGGACUAAACAGACAUUAUUACUCCAUCACUAUUAACUAUCGGAAAAAUGAAUUGGAACAGAAGAUGUUGCUAAAUUUGCAUAAGAAGAGUUGGAUGGAAGGUUUGACACUUCAGGACUACAGUGAACAUUGUAAACACAAUGAGUCGGUGGUAAAAGAGAUGUUGGAAUUAGCCAAGAAUUACAAUAAGGCUGUAGAAGAAGAAGAUAAGAUGACACCUGAACAGCUGGCAAUAAAGAAUGUUGGCAAGCAGGAUCCCAAACGUCAUUUGGAAGAACAUGUGGAUGUACUUAUGACUUCAAAUAUUGUCCAGUGUUUAGCAGCUAUGUUGGAUACUGUCGUAUUUAAAUAAAGCAACACAAAAAGCUACUGUAGUGAUACUUUCAGUGUAUCUUCCUCUGCUGUUCCUAAUGCUCUAAAUCAAGGGACCACUGAAGGUGUAUUUGGUUAAAUGUAAGACAUCUGGCAUCAUUUGCAGCACUGUAACACUUCUAGUCUCAGUUGUGCAAUUACUUCUGUUUUCUUUAGUCAGGGUCUUUGCAGAUUCCAAAGUUGAACAAGAAUACAUCAAAGUGGACAGAUUUUGUUAAGAUCCCAUUUAAUAUUUGAAGAAAUCAGUAGCACAAAUAUAUUUUGAUUGUUGCUUACAAAAUAAAAUACAUUUACAAUUCA